AUGCGGAAGGACACCAAAACCAAAUCUAAUGGUUGUCCAUUCUACAACAAGAUAUAUUAUGAAGUCAGCACCGACAGUUGGAAGAUCAUUGCGAAAAAUGAUCACACCGGGACACAUAACCACCCAAUGAUUGUGUACCAAGAGGGUCACUGUAAAGUGAGCGGAUUGAGUCCGGGUGCAAAACAGGUUGUGCGGGACAUGACAAAGUCCAAGGUUGCUCCCCGUAACAUCAUGUCCACUAUUGCCGAUCAAUUUUCUGAUGAUCAUCCAAACAUCCGACACAUUUACAAUUGCCGAAAUGACUUCAGGAUGGAGAUGUCCGAAGGAAGAGGAGUUGUUCAGCAAUUUCUUCAUCUGGCGAGAGAGAGUAAAUACAUUUACUGGGUCACGAACAAUGUUCACAACGUUUUGCAACAUGCAUUUAUGGUGCACCCGAUCAUGGUCAACAUACUCCGCACAUACCCACAUGUCAUAGGUAUGGAUUCUACUUACAAGACCAAUCGAUAUAAUAUGCCUUUCUUUGAGAUAGUAGGUGUGACACCGACAAACCAGAAUUUUCUAGUUGGAAAUGUUUUCAUGCGCGACGAGUGCACGGCUAGAUAUAGGUGGGUGUUGCAGAGAUUAAGGGAGUUGAUUGGGUUUGAUAAAGAGCCAUCUGUAUUUAUUUCAGACCGUGAUCUUGGGCUAUGUGCGGCUUUGAGAGAAGUCUUUCCAGGAACGUCACAUUUACUCUGUCUAUGGCACAUCAACGAAGAUGUGGAGGCUAAGGUGACGAAGAUGUUCGGAAACAAGAAGGUUGGUGUCAGUUUUAGAGCUGGGAGAUAA